CCAAAAAUAAAAUUGUCAAAAUACAAAUACCUGAUGACGUCAAAUUAUUCACUUGAUCCAUACCCGCCUACCCGGUUCACCAACAAUUGGGUUUUCUCCCAAUCCAUCUUCUAGGGUUUCUUUUUCAAAAUCUCUGAUUAUUAUCAUCAGUGGUAAGCACUAAUUCAAAGCUUUCACCUCUACGUACAUAUACAUAUAACAUACAUGUCAUUAUAUCUAUACAUAUUAUAUAUAUUGAUUGAUGGCAAGAACCCCACCUCAUAUCACUAAGUUGUUUCUUCGUAGACCAUCCCCCAAAAUCAUCCCACAAAUUAGGAACAUUGGAAAUGAUAGUCGUGAAAGCCCCAAAAAUGUUACUAAGGUUGUGAAACAGGUUUGUGAAACCAUUAGGACAAAACCCAGAUGGGAAAACUCGAUAUUAUUAGAUUUCCCAAAUGUUAGUUUUGUAGAUUCUUGUUUCUUGAAUCAGGUUUUUGAGUAUCAAGAUAACGCCUUUUUGUCGAUUAGGCUUUUGUAUUGGGUUAGUAGUACUUUUGGGUAUACCCCAGAUGAAAAUACUUGUGGGUUGAUAUUUAAUCAGUUGGUUAACAAUAAUGCCGUGAAAGUUGCGAAAGCUUUUCUUGAUUUUACGAAGUUUGUGCCGGAAGGGGAUGGGGUUGAGGCGUACGUGAGGUGUUUGUGUGAAUGUAGGAUGGUUGAGGAUGCAGUGAAUGUGUUAGAUGAGCUGAAAAUGAGGGGAGUUUGCCCGGGUUUGGAAACUUGGAAUCGUGUUUUACAGGCGUGUGUUAAAGAGGGGUAUGUUGAUAUUGUUUGGGAGUUGUAUGGUGAAAUGAUGGAGCUUGGUGUUGUUGCAGAUGUCGAGACUGUUGAAUGUUUGAUACAGGGGUUUUGUUUGGAUGAUAAUGUUUCGAAAGGGUAUGAGCUUUUACGACAAGUGUUGGAUGAUGGGCAUGUUCCAAACAAGGUUGUGUUUGGUAAGUUGAUAUAUGAGUUUAUAUUGGAUUAUAAGUAUACUAGAGUAUCUGCACUUCUUCAUAUAAUGAUUGCAAAAGGUAUUGUUCCUGAUCUUUAUACUUAUCAACAAGUUAUCCAUGGGUUGUGUCUUAGAAGAAUGCAACGUGAAGCUUUACGUAUAUUUGAUGCUCUUAAGGAUAGAGGAUGUCCUCCUGAUAAAACCAUGUACACGACAAUGAUACAUGGCCUUUGUAAAGCUAAAUGGAUCGGGGAAGCAAGAAAGUUAUGGUUUGAGAUGAUUCAGAAGGGAAUGGAACCAAAUGAGUACACAUAUAACACACUCUUAUAUGGGUACUUUAGAAUUGGCGACUUUAGAAACGCCCUAAACCUUUACAAGGAAAUGCACGACAGAGGUUUUAGAGACAAUUUAAUUGCUUACAACACCAUGAUUAAUGGCCUGUGUUUGCAUGGAAGAACAAUGAUGGCUUUCCGCCUAUUUAAGCGAAUGACACAGAAGGGUGUUCCUCGGGAUGUGGUAACUUACAAUUCUAUGAUCAGGGGUUUAUGUAAAGAAGGUAAGUUGGCCGAGGGUUUGAACCUCUUGAAUGAGCUAUUGGAGCAGGGGCUGCAGCCAUCAUCUGCAUCAUAUGGAUCCCUCAUAGAAAAGCUAUAUGAAAUGGAACGAAUAGAUGAAGUGAAAAAUCUUUGGGAUGAGAUGCAGGAAAAAGAUGUGGAACCCGCUUCUGUUUGUAUUGACGGCGAUGUUAUAAUUGGAUUGAGCAAGAAAGGAUAUGUUGCAGCAGGAGUAUACUGGUUGUCAUACAUUGUGAAGAAUCGGCUCAUACCCCAUCGGGAAACUUUUGAAAAGUUGAUUGGUAUCCUAUCACAAAAAAAUAAGUUAGAUGUUGGUUUGAUUGUUUUGGGUCCUAUGUUUAAGAUAGGCUAUAUACCAAGCUUCCGCCUGGAGGCAAUAUCCUUGAUGUGAGCUAAAAUUUGCGAAAAAGGAUUUUAAGUAGAUUAGUUGUAUCUUUCUAGAUUGGUUUCGUAAAGUUAUAUGUUAAAGGAAUAUCCUUGAACCAAGUUUUUUGGCUUCGAUACCGAUUAUUUUUUUUAAAAAAAAAUCGGUGUCAACACAAUUAUGUAUUAAUUCAGUUUCUUUGUAUCCUCUUUGGAUAUCCUGAAGAAUAAUAUAUGUUAUCAGCUCCAUGACUUUUGAA